AUGCUAAAAUCAAAGAAACCUCAUAUUAAUAAGAAUUGUUUAAAAGCUAUUCAUACUGAUACUAAAACUAGAAAUUUAGUUGAAUGCAAAUGUACAUUACAUUGUUAUGGUAGUAGAUGGUAUUAUUCUUCAACCUCAAGAAGCAUUAAAAAUAAUUCUAUUGUAACUGAAACAGUAUCGGCUUCAAAAAGAAAAAAAGUAAUUAAACUAGUUGAACAAAAUCACAGUUCGUAUGAAGAUACACCUAGUGAUGAUGAACCAACUCCAAUUAUUUUAACGGAUCAAAAUUUAAUCGAUGUACUAAAUAAACGAAAAUAUUACAUGAUAAAAUAUAAUAUUCUUGAUAAUGAUGAUCUAGAAAUUGUUUUAGAUCUAUCAGAUUAUAGAGAAGAUUAUGAAAUUCUGAUUAAUGAUGAAGAGUUCUCUAUAGAGAAAGAUGAUCAUACUUUGAGUUCUUUUUCAAAUAGUCAGCAAUGUAUUGAACCAGAACUUUUGCGUAUCAUUACACAAAAUUUAAGAUUAGACGAUCUAAUUUCCAAUCAAUCGAAUAAUUCUAAGUUAACUGAGACGUUCAAAUUAGUGAAAUCUCAACUAAUAACUGGAAGUUUAGCAUUAUAUAAUGGAUUUGAUUUUGCUGAAUUAUACCGAUUCAUGUGA